AUGCGUGUUGAUAACCACGUUCAUAUACGUCAUAUUAUGCUCUACCACUUCGAGAAAGGUCAUACUGCCGCCGAGGUAUGGGGUGAUUUNCUUGCUGGGUGGGUCCCUCAUGAACUCUCCGAUCAUAACAAGACCGAGCGAGUGCGCAUCUUCAACCAAUUACUUCAGCGAAACGACGAAAAUCCAUUUCUUCAGUUCUUUGUCACCGGAGAUGAGUCAUGGUUACUCUUCAAAAACGUCAAGCGAAAGAAGGUGUGCGUUAACCGUGGCCAAUCCCCGAAAGGUAUUCCACGAAAUUUCCACUGCAAGAAGGCCAUGUGGUGUGUAUGGUGGGACCGCUCAGGAAUUAUUCACUGGGAAAUCAUUACUCAAAUUCGCCAACAAAGUUUUUGUUACUGGUGGGACGACAAGGAUGUAAAGCAUGAAUGGCCUAUUCCUGACAGAAACGGAAAAAAGCAGCAUAACAUUAACAGUGACGUCUAUUCAGCUCAACUCGAUCGUUUGGAAGCCGCUAUUAAAGUGAAACGACCUCGCAAAAAGAAUCACAUCGUGUUUCACCAUGACAACGCCAAGCCCCACGUCGCACAUCAAGUAACCCAAUCAAUCGACGACAAAGGAUGGGAACUGCUUGAACACCCACCCUAUUCUCCCACCGAAGCUCCUACAGAUUAUCACGUCAAUCGUUCACUUAAAAAUUGGCAGGCAGGCAAAAUUUACGACGAUUUGGACGAUCUUGUCGAUGAUGUCAAAGCGUGGAUAGCAUCCAAAGAUCGUCACUUUUUUGCACGUGGAAUCGAUCUUUUACCAAGCAAGUGGGAAGCAGUUAUUGAAGUAGAUGGCGAUUAUGCUCCAGAAUGA